AUGUUCUCUAGCUUCGCUUUUGUCUCCCUCCUCUCGCUGGCGUCCGCCACCUUCAUCAACCGCGGUACCCAGCAGGUCGCUACCUUCGACGACCUCACUGGUAUUCCUGCCGUCUCUGAGAUCAACCCUGUCGGCAGCUACAAGGGCUUGAAGUACAACUCCCUCGACAUCCUCCAGACCGGUGUUCUGGGCAUCAGCGGCACUCCUGCCCAGUCUGGUAACCAGGUCGCCGCUGCCUCCAUCACCAACUACCUGGCCACUGGCGGUGUCUCCAUCGCCGCCGACACCAUCAAGUACUUCGACCUUCAGAGCCUCUACUUCCUUUGCGCCGUCGACACCGUUAGCUCCACCGUCGGUGUUCCUGAAGAGUGCUCCGUUGCCUUCACUGCCUACAAGAAGGGCAGCGACAUUGCCUAUGACACCUUCAAUGCUCAGUUCAACCCCGACACCGCCCUCUCGUCUAAGAUGCACAAGGUCGAAUUUCCUGUCUCGUGGUUCGGCCUCGAGAAGGUUGACAUUGCUGUUGUCUCUGCCGCCACCACUGAGACUCUCACUGCUCUGUUGAUCGACACUGUCAGCUACAAGUCCUACAACUAG